AAAACGUUCUUUUCUUUUUCUCCCUGAAGCCUCGAUCAGGGCAGAGGGCGACUUUUCUCCAGGGUCCGGGGAAGGUGGUGAUGGUCGCUAUCUGCAUCAACGGGCUGAACUUCUUCUUCAAGCUGCUGGCGUGGGUCUACACGGGCUCAGCCAGCAUGUUCUCAGAGGCCAUCCACUCUCUGGCCGACACCUGCAACCAGGCUCUGCUCGCACUCGGGAUCAGCCAGUCGGUGCGCAACCCUGACGCCGUGCACCCGUACGGCUUCUCCAACAUGCGCUACAUCGCCUCGCUCAUCAGCGGCGUGGGGAUCUUCAUGAUGGGAGCUGGCCUCUCCUGGUACCAUGGCAUCAUGGGAUUGCUGCACCCUGAACCCAUGGAGUCUCUGUUGUGGGCGUACUGUAUUCUAGCGGGCUCUCUGGUGUCUGAAGGAGCCACGCUACUCGUAGCCAUCAACGAGAUCAAGAAGAGCGCCCGGCAGCAGGAAGUGUCUUUUUAUGAAUACGUGAUGCAGAGUCGAGACCCCAGCACCAACGUGGUGCUGCUGGAGGACGCCGCCGCCGUGUUAGGAGUUAUCAUGGCGGCCGGGUGCAUGGGUAAACCUCACUACGACAGUCUGGGCUCUCUGGGCGUCGGCACCCUGCUGGGCUGCGUCUCCGCCUUCCUCAUCUACUCCAACACGGAGGCUCUGCUGGACGCUCCAUCCAGCCCGAGCGUGUGCAGAAGCUGA